CACUGUAUAGGUAGUAGGAUAGGAUUGGGAUCCGCGUGAUUAAGAUGAUGAUUUGUAUUUAAAAACGAAGCAAAUUAAUAAGUUUAUCGAGGACACCAAAGUAUUUAGAGCAAUUUUCAAAAUGACUGAGGAAGACUCGGUAUUUGAUCCUACUUUGAAAAAGAAAAAGAAAAAGAAGAAAACCACUUUUGAUCUUGAUGCAGCAUUUAAUGAAGGUUCUAACAUUGGAGAUGUAAUGGAAAUUACUGGUGACAAAGAGAAUCAAGAGCCAGACCCGCCUGCACCAACUGAAGAUGAUGAAACAUUAGAUUUAGAAAAUUUUGGGAGAAAGAAAAAGAAGAAGAAAAAAGCAUUUAAUUUAGAUGAACUUGAUGCAGCAUUGCCUGAUACAAAAAAAGAGGAUGUUGUUGAACAACAAACAGAAGAAAUUGCUGUGGACGAUACCUUUGAUUUAGAUAUGGAUUUCUCGAAAACUAAAAAGAAGAAAAAGAAAAAAAAAGAUCUCGAUGAAUUAGUAGCAGAGGAAGAACGUAAGGAAAUUGAAGAUAAAGAAAAUGAAGAAACAAGUUGGGUUGGAUCGGAUAGAGAUUAUACAUAUGAUGAAUUACUGAUAAGAGUAUUUAAUAUUAUGAGAGAAAAGAAUCCGGAUAUGGUUGCUGGUAAAAAACAAAAGUUUGUCAUGCGUCCUCCUCAAGUAGUACGUAUAGGAACCAAGAAAACAUCUUUUGCUAAUUUUACAGAGAUAUGCAAAACACUUCAUAGGCAACCAAAACAUUUACUUGACUUUUUACUCGCUGAAUUAGGAACUAGUGGUUCUGUUGAUGGAAAUAGUCAACUUAUCAUUAAGGGUCGUUUCCAACAGAAACAAAUAGAAAAUGUUCUUAGGAGAUACAUAAAGGAAUAUGUUACCUGCCACACUUGUCGUUCUCCAGACACCAUUCUUCAAAAAGAUACUCGACUAUUUUUCUUACAGUGUGAAACUUGUGGUUCAAGAUGUUCAGUAGCUAGCAUAAAAUCUGGUUUCCAGGCCGUUACUGGGAAGCGUGCUGCUAUUCGAGCAAAAACUGCCUAAAAAAUUUGUCAUAUGUCAUGUUUAUGAAUUUUGUAGCAUAAUUUUGAAAUUAUCAAAGAUUUCUUGUGUCAGAACGCAGUUUUUAAUAUAUCUAUUAUAAUGGUGUGCAAUCAGAACACUCAUUUUUUGUUUAUGGGAAUCGAAAAUCGUCAGUUAAAAAAAAAGAAAAAAUUAUAAAAUUCACAGCACAAUAUUUUUUAUCAAUUUGCAAUAGACAAAAAGAAAUUAUAUAAAAGUUAUACAAAUUUCUAAAGAAAUUUUCUUCAAGUUCCCCAGAAAAUUUUAAUAUCUAUAUUUUACUUUUAAUUUUUAAAUCUCUAGUAUACAGUUUUCUCCACAAUGCAUAUAUAAAAUUACAUCCUUUAAUAGAAUUUUAAUUUUUUUUACACAUUUUCAUUCCUUCUGCAUUGAUGUAACGUGUUGGACAUUUUCUAAAAACCAUAAAAUUUGAAUAGCAAAGGUAAAGCAAUUACACGAUAAUACGAAAUGCAUUAUACAUUUGUCUACCAUUGUGACAUAACAUCCUGUAUAAAGAACUGUCGAUUAGGUAUAAAAUGGUAUGGAGUACCAGUUGUUAAUGAUAGAUUUAAGCUGGUAACAAUUUGUUAUAUCAUUUUCUGUAUACAAGGAAAUUGUAACAUUAAAUUCAAGUACAUUAUUAAGUAUGGCAAAAAGUAUUA